AUGAACAUCUCCGUUCGCUCAAACUGUAUCCAUCUCGGCGGUGGAGAUGCCAUUCUCAGCAGCAACUCUGUCCGCUAUGACCAAGUAAUGUAUGCUUUGCUUGCAGUUGUCAUUACUUUUGUCAGUCUCAAAAGAUUCACGGCUGGCUGCGAUUUGUUCUGGCGCCUUGUUUGGUCUAUUGAGGGCAUAUUGGGCGGUGCUCCUCAUACCCUAACCCUUCCUGGUCCGCCCGGUCUUCCGUUUGUCGGCAAUCUUCUUCAACUGGAGAAGGGCCAUGUCCAGAAGAUCAGCGAAUGGACCAAGUUGUAUGGUGAUGUGAUCCGAGUGUCCUUGGGGAAUCGUGAGGCAGUGUUCAUCAACAGCCAUAAGGCACUGGCGCAGACUGUUGUCCAGCAAGGGCCUGCUUAUCAGUCGCGUCCCACCUUUAAGCUAUUUCAUAGCGACUACGCCUCCUCGGGUAUCUGGACCGUUGGUACUUCACCGUUUAGCGAGCGCCUAGUCCGUACACGCAAGGCAUUAACUUCUCAGAUUGCUCCUCGAAUUCUGCCAAUCUACACCCCAGUCAUCCAUCCCAAGCUCAAAAGGCUGCUCGGAGAAGUUCUCGAGAUCAGCCAAGGUCCUGCACUCGACAUGGCUGAGAAGCUGCAUCGUUUUGGUACGGGCCAGGUCUCGGAGCAGUUGAUGGGACAACCACUUGACGAAGAAACCGUGGCAUUGCUGGCUGAGAAUGAGACCAAUAUCUUUCGUCAGCGCACCAUUGGCUCACCACUUCGAGACUAUGUGCCCGCCCUCAGUGCUGCCCUCCGGGUUCGCUAUGCAAUUGGCAGGAUUCUCGGUAUCCAAACAUGGGCACAUGAUGAAAAGACCGAAAAGGCCCGCGAGUUCCGAAGAUUGCAGCAAAGCUACAUUAGCAAGAUGAUAGGGGACCUCAAAGCGCGCGUAGCAGCCGGAGACCAGACCCCCUCGAUCCUAGGUAACAUCUUCCGUGAAGGAACUUUGAAAGAAGAAGAGAUUCUCUUGGCCGCCUACACGGGCAUCGCUGCCGGUGUCAACCUGGGUUACUCGCUGACUUGGAUUAUCGGGUACCUCGCCAACCGGCCAGACCUUCAGCAGAACGGGUUCGAGGCUAUCCAGCAGGUGUAUAACGGCGAGCCACCGCAACCGCACGAAUUCGACCGGGUCGCCUAUAUCAAGGCUCUACAUACUGAAGGCUCCCGGAUCUUUACACCCGUUCGUCUCGGCUUCCCCCGCGAGACCCUGGAUGGUGCCAGCUACGGGGGCCACAAGAUUCCGAAAGACACGCUCGUCAUCAUGAACCUCCAUGCAGGAAACUGCGACCCCAACUCCUUCGACCGCCCCGAUGAGUUCCUCCCCGAACGAUGGUUAGACGGGCGCAAAGGCCGGACCGACCUUCCGGGCGAAGGAGGCGACAAGCUCGGUGUGCCACACUUAACCUACGGUGCAGGGCGUCGUGUCUGCCCUGGAAUAGACAUGGCAAACCGCGGCCUCUAUUCAACACUCGUCCUCCUCCUGUAUUUCUUUUCCUGGGAGCGCCAACCCCUAGGCGAAGAGGCUAAAAAACACGUUUUCCCGCCGUUUCGCGCUGAGCGCGAGUGUUCGCUUGAGAUGGACGCUAUUGCUGAUACAGCGACGCCGACGGAGGCCCAGGCUAUUCCGUGGUCGGCUGGGAUUAAGUUCCAUUGUCGGGAUGCGGAGGGGCUGAGGGAGUGGCUUGCCUCUCCAGAGCACUAA